CCGUCUUCCCAUCUCCAAAAGUCUCCGACACGGUUGUCGAGCCCUACAACGCCACCCUCUCAGUCCACCAACCUCGUUGAAAACGCCGAUGAAUGUAUGGUAUUAGACAACGAAGCUCUCUACGACAUCUGCUUCAGAACCCUAAAGCUCACAACACCAAGCUUCGGUGACCUGAACCAUCUAAUCUCCGCCACCAUGAGCGGUGUUACCUGCUGUCCGUUUCCGGGACAACUAAACUCCGAUCUCAGAAAACUCGCAGUCAACCUCAUCCCCUUCCCUCGCCUCCACUUCUUCAUGGUCGGAUUUGCCCCAUUAACCUCUCGCGGGUCACAACAAUACCGAGCCUUAACCGUACCCGAACUCACCCAACAAAUGUGGGACGCCAAAAACAUGAUGUGCGCCGCGGACCCCCGCCAUGGCCGGUACCUGACAGCUUCCGCCAUGUUCCGAGGCAAAAUGAGCACAAAAGAAGUGGAUGAGCAGAUGAUUAACGUCCAAAACAAGAACUCUUCAUACUUUGUGGAAUGGAUCCCGAACAAUGUGAAGUCUACUGUGUGUGAUAUUCCUCCAACUGGGCUUAAAAUGGCGUCUACUUUUAUUGGGAAUUCAACUUCGAUUCAGGAAAUGUUUAGACGUGUGAGUGAACAGUUUACUGCGAUGUUUAGGAGGAAGGCUUUUUUGCAUUGGUAUACGGGUGAAGGGAUGGAUGAGAUGGAGUUUACAGAAGCUGAAAGUAAUAUGAAUGAUUUGGUUUCUGAGUAUCAACAGUAUCAGGAUGCAACUGCUGAUGAAGAAGGGUAUGAUUAUGAAGAUGAAGAAGAGGAAGAAGUUGAAGAGGGGGUUUGACUUUUGAGAACUGAUUUUUUGUUUGUUUGGUGUGUUGGCAGAUAUGUCACCUACUUAGUGGCAUGUUAUUGGUUGAUAUUAGUUUAUGGUUUCAAUUUUAAGACGAGUAACAUUGUGGGAUAAGAUGGUUUCAAUUUUAAGACGAGUAACAUUGUGGGAUAAGAUGAUGUGUGAUAACUUUAAGAUAUUUUCUUUCGAUAUUGUGAUAAUCUGGAGUUGUUUGGAUGCAAUAUGGAUUUGGAGUCUUACAUGAUCA